UGAGCCGUCUCGCGAGCAGGACACCAAACGCGGAGGCUGACAUAUCCUGUGGCCAGGAACUUCCACUUGGGAACCAGGAACCCAGGCCCUACAGAACCCAUAUAGCUUUUCUAACUAACUUCUCCCGGCCAAGGUGUGCGUGUGCGCGAGUGUGGCGGUGUGUGUGCGUGUGUCCCUGUGCGUGUGCGUGUGUGUGCGUAGCCGUGUUGCUGGCCAAACAAAAGCCAAAAUAAGUGACAAAUAAAUUUGAAACAGCUCUUAACGCACGCUACCCGAAAAUAUAUACAUUUUACGUUGAAAAAUAUUACACUUACUUUCAAUCAAAAACAAAAAAAAUUUUUGGACCAGCAGAGCUCCUGCGCCCGAUUUCGAAUCGAAAGCCAAAAAACCGAAUGCACAUCGACGGCGCCCAAUAAAUCGAGCAGCAUGAUUCCGACUCGGAGAGGCUGAUGAUGAUGAUUUAGGAUUGGUUAAGGAUCUGGAACUGUAGGUGUAGCCACAGUCGAAUUCCCGAAACCGAAUUCGAAGCCCAACCUGCAGAUGAAGCUGAAGGCGGUGGCUGGAGAACGGAAAUGAAAUCAAAUCGCACAGGAGCAGCUGCAGCCGGCGGCAAUAAUAAUAACGUUUGUGAAUUAUGGCCCAAGUUAAUUAAAAGCCAGGAGCGGAACUAGAGCUGCACAUAAAUCAAUCCGGAUCGAGAGAACUCGGGCGCAACAUGUAGAAUGCUGCUGGAAUGCCAAUAUCCCCAUGUCAAUGCCUAUUUACAUGGCCAAUGAAAAAUGGCCAUCAGCGGUGGGAAUAAUACACAAUACAUGGCCCAGAAGAGAAGCGAAAACAAUCCAAAUCGGUAUGACUUAAAGCGGCUUACCAACGUGCAGAACAAAGCAAACAUUACGUAUACGCAACGUCCGACACGGCGGAUGCAUGAUUAAUUGCACUUUAAAUACACACGGAAUACGAACGGAAAACCCAUUCUCAAUCAAGGAAAAAACCAGAGGUAAAAAAGCCGUCAAAAUGUUGCCAACAAAUGUGAUGUCGUUCAUGAAGAAGAUGGUGGCCACCGAUGAGCAGACCAGCGAACGGCAGCAACAUGCAGCGGACUCGGGGGGCGGGGCCUCCCAAACGGGGGCCCUGAACAAGAUGAAGGCUACGAUUUCCUCCUCGCUGCUCACCGUCACAGACAAAGUUAAUAAAAUGUCGCCACGCCCCUCGUUGGUGCCGACGGAUGCGGAUACCAGCGGCAGUUACGGCUCGCCCAGCUAUCAAAGCCAGCAGCAGCAGCAGCAGCAGCAGGACUCCGGCAGCAGUCUGAAUAACAAUAAUAACAAUAGUGGCAGCACUGCUGGAGGCGGAGGGGGCGGGGCGGCGGCCAAACAGGAGCCAGGACGAAGGGCCGGAGCCUGCAGGGUGUGCCUCAAGUCCUUCAAGCCGGACGACUACCACAAGACGUGCUUCGAGUGCCAGCAGCGAGUGUGCGAGGACUGUGCCAGCUACAGCAAGCUGGACGAGCACGAGGAUGCGACCAUGUGGCGCUGCAGCGUGUGCCGCCGGAAAAUGGCCUCGCGGGUGUGCAUUCCGCAGGACUCGACGGACUCCAUGCUGGACGUCCCGGUGCUGGAGGCACUGCAGCGGCGCCACUCGGACGCCAAGCUGGGCAGCAGCACGCAAACGCUGGCGCCCAGCAACGGAGCCGCCCUCGCCAUUCCGAGAAGUCCCGAGCUGCGCCGCCACUCGGACGUUUCGCCAGCCUCGCUCAAGGAGCUGGAAAGGCAAAUGAAAGGUGGCCGCAGCAUGGCGCCCAGUCGCUCCAACAGUCCGCCGAGGGGCGAUGGCCAGGACGGGCAGCCCCCCUUCGGUGCGCCCCUGUCGCGCAUGCAGUCGCGAAGGGGAUCGCGGGUGGCGCGGCAGCACAGCUACGAUGACGACAUGAAGACCGGACCCGUGGGCGGCAGCAUGGGCGGCGGUGGUCCGGCGUUGGGCCUGGGGGCGGAUGGAGCGGGCCUCGGCAUUCCGGCUAUGCCGCGCAGGAAGUCCGCCUAUGAUGUGUUUGCCCCCGGGCUGACGCAGGGAGGCGCCACGCCCGCCACGCAGCUGCAGAGGUCACCGGGCGAGGCCGGCAUCAUGCCGCCCAUCCAGCUGCCCGGAUCCAGGAGACCCUCGUUCCGGGUGCCACAUCCCUCGGAGGACAUCCAGAACGACGACUCGCCGGGCUCGCCGGAUAAGGGAAGCCCCAUCCUGACCGUCGACGAUGACCGACGGAUGCGGCGACGCGGUUCCCAGCUACCCGACAUAGCGAUGCUGCAGAAUCGUGGCGCUCUGCCGGCGGUGCCACCGUCCUCGAUUCCGCCGCCCAUGGCCUCGUUCACGGGCCCCAAUCUAGAGGAUUUGGAGGCGCCGCGGCGGCAAACAUCAAUGGACGGCGAGGCCAUACGGAUCGUCAUUCACGACGUGGAUUCGGGCCCGAUUUGUGCAUCUAAGCGGCGCAUCAUUCUGCGCCGGGAUCCCACGGACAAGGCGCACCGCACACGUGGCUUUGGGAUGCGAGUGGUUGGCGGAAAGACCGGAGCCGAUGGCCGUCUGUUUGCCUACAUUGUGUGGACCGUGCCAGGAGGAGCGGCCGAGAAGAACGGCCUGCAGCAGGGCGACAAGAUACUAGAGUGGAACGGAAUGUCGCUGAUCGACCGGAGUUUCGAGGAGGUGUGCUCCAUCAUGGACCGCACCGGGGACAUUGUGGAGCUUUUGGUGGAACACGCCACGGAUUUCAGGAUGUGCGAUCUGUUCGACGAGAACCUGCCGCCCGGCAAUGCCGGCGGUCAGAGCGGACCUCGGCGAUCCGGAGACGGUCCCGUCGGCCUCGGCCUCAUAGCGGAACCCGAAACCACCACAGACAAAUCACCAGCAUCGCCAACUAGACGGAAAUUACCAAAAACUCCGGAGCAAAUUGCCCGCGAGAAGCUGGUCACCGGGAGGGUGCAGAUCCAGGUGUGGUACCAUGCGGAGCGCAACGAGCUGGUCGUCUCCCUGAUGGCCGGCGACGACCUGGCAUUGCGGGAUGAGGCCUACGGACACGGCAAUCUGCCCGAGGCGUAUGCCAAGGUCCGCAUCCUGCCGAAGUGCGGUGAUGGCAGCGUGCAGCAAACGGAGGUCAGCCGACCCACACAGAAUCCCAUUUGGAACGCCACACUGACCUUCGGUCAUGUGAGGGCCGACACCUUGAUGGAUCGCUACAUAGACAUUCAGCUGUGGGACCUGGUGCCCCACACCGAGUCCAUUUUCCUGGGCGAGUGCAGCAUCGAGCUGCAGCAGGCCUUCCUCGACGACCAGGCCAUCUGGUGCCGGCUGGAGGAUACCAAGGGGUUGCGUGGCAUUAGCAUUAGCAAGUCGCCAAGUGUUUCGCCACGCGGCUCCAUUGCAGCCGGCGCUGGGGCACCCAGUGGCGAUGUGACCCGGUUGCUGCGUCGCGACUACAACAUGCAGCGCUCCAACUCCGAUGACGUAGACUCCAUCGGAGAUGGAACCUCGCUGCUGCAUCCGGAUCACGCCUGGAUAGCUGGCUCGCGACGCGGCUCCUCGCAAUCGGAAACCAUGGAGGUGGAGGUCUACCAGCUGGGCAAGGACUUCUCGCGCUCAUUGCCGGGCUCGCGUCGAUCGAGCUUCCAGGAUGCCGAGAAAAAUCGGCUGGAGGAGGACGCCAUGGCCACGCCGCCCACCUCUUAUUUGGUGGGCAGGCGCCGUUCGUCCGUGGCUCGACGCGACCCGGAUGAGAUCUUGAAAUCCUUGAAGGCUGUCCGCGGCGAGCUGGGGCGCACCAUGAGUCUGGGAACCGAGCAGCACAAGCGCAUGGGAUCGAGACGUGCCAGUCGCGUUGGAUUGCCGAGCGGACCGAAUAGUCGCAAGAGUUCCGUUCUGGACUUGUCGCAGCAGCAGCAGCAGCAGUUGCAGCAGCUGCAGCAGUUGCAGUUGCAGCAGCAGCAGUACUUGCAGCAGCAACUGCCCAUGGGCGUGGGCAAUGCGGACACCAGUCCGCCCUCCGAGGACGAGGACAGGCGCUACAGGCCGCGCUGGAAGGGAUCGGGAAGCCAGCUGCCGCCCCAGAGUACCAAGCAGGUGCUCUCCCGGCUCAAGCAGGCCGCCUCCACCUCGAAUGUGGCCCAGGUGGACUCGAGUCGACAGGGCCAACUGCUGCCCACCAAUCCGAUGCAGCAGCAGCAGCGUAAGGGCAGCAUGUUCCAGUUGGGCGAAUCCCAGGCUCUGCAGGCCGUCCAGGGUCCCACCACCACGACCACGCUGCAGAGGAAGGGCAGCAUGUACGUGGCCAAGGUCACCGAGACCCCGCCCCUGGGCACGCCCACCCGCAAGGGCAGCGUCUACCAGAGAAGUGGAAUGGGAUUCGGACUGGGUGUGGAUAGCCCCGGACCCGACAGUCCGCAGCGGAAGCAGAGCGUGGUCAAGACCCUCAGCGGGAGCUAUGUCAACACAUCCACCACCACAGGUGGGGAGUCCAGCUAUGGCCUGAAACUGGGACCCUCGCAGAUCCAUCCCAAGGGCUACCGCCUGACCACCGCGCGUUACGGGGAACUCAAAAUGGGAUUCGUCAAGAUCAAGGGCAACGUGGAGGUGGAGCUAAUCUGCGCCCGUAACAUUGUCAACGAGGACUGCGAGACUCCGCCGGAUACGUACGUGAAGUGCUACAUCAAGGACGGGGACCGCCUGCGCCACAAGAAGAAGACGCGCGUAGUACGCCACGCGGCGGAGCCCAUCUACCGGCAGACCAUUAAGUACCAGAGCUCGGACGUCUUUGGGCGCAACAUCGUCAUCAUGGUGUGGCAGCGGUGCGUGGGCUUCGAGCACAACCAGGGCCUGGGCGGCACGGAGGUGAACCUGGACAAGGUGAGCAUCGGACAGCCCAUCAGCGGAUGGUAUCCGCUCUUCCCGAUGCACAGCUACGGAGGCUCCGAUUCGGACAACUCUCCCUGACCGAACAACCCACUAAUCGCAGUCCGCAGCCAGUGCCGAGGUCGAAGUUCCCUGGAACCGGAGGAAAUCGGUAUCGGAAUGCCACUGCAAGCUCAAUUUGUUAGCGCCUAAGAAAUGGACACCAUACUAUAUAUAUUGUUACUCUGAGAUAUGCAGAUAUAACCCAUAGAAGCAUUACGUCCCCUGUAUGUAUUAGUUAUUAGUUAAAUGAGCUUAGCACGGGCUGGCAGGUGGUUAUGUUACACCAAAUACUAUACACAUUCGUGGUGAGAGAGCUUUGUAAGUAAGGUACACAGGUAAGGCAGCACUAAAGUGGGGGGAGUACGAGUAGUACCCAUAUCAGACAGCACAAUAAUUGAGGAAUCGGAGUACCAGAAGCAUAUAGUAUAUACACGCGUUUAUAUAUUUUUGCUUGUUGUGUUUGUGAAAGUUUAAUGACGUUCGCAUUUGAAUGGAAGUGGGAUUGAGGAAUGGAAACGAAACGGGCACCAAAACAAUAAUGUUGAAAUUUCGAGGCAACGAAGUGGGUGAGCACUCACCCCACAGAGAGGGAUUUAAAGCUUGGUAGCUAACAGAGGCAUACUUGUAACCUAAUAAGUGUUAAUUAAAUGUUGCGCAGAAAAUAAAAACCGAAUAGGCUAGCCCCAACUAUCCGCACAGCUGACAACCCCGCCAAGGUUUCAACUGCUCCACAAACACAAAAUCUGAAUAUCUAAAGGUCUAUAAAGCUGAGCCUCUAAAAAUCGGACUAUCUGAAUAUCCCAAAAUUUGAAAAUCUGAAAAUCUAAAAAUCGAACGAAAUGAAUCUAGUUUAAAUCGACAAUCUUUAUGGGUGUGUGCUUGUGUGGAUGUGAGAAGUGAGUGCGAUUUAAGAGUGAUUAAGACGAAUUUACUGUAGUCAUUUUAUGGUAGGGCAUUGAUUGCAACACAGCAGAUUAAAGACAUCCCCCUCUUCCUGUUUCUCCCACUUUUCCCGCUCUUCAAAACUAUCCAAUAGGAUUUUCAGCCACACAAAACAGGACAAUCUCGUGUAAUGAAAAAAGUGAAAAAUUUACAUUUUCGGAACUUGUGUGUAAAUCUAAUAUCUAUUAAUCAGCGUACAGCCUAACGACUUGGAGUUUCAAACUAAAGUUACAAACACACAUAUAGAUUUAUUUAUACAACGCUUACACUUGAGUCGUAUUACCUAGAGUACUUAAGCUGCAAAGACAUUGUGGAACUUUUACUGUCCUAACACUUUUAACGCUAGUCACGGUUUCUAAAAGGUCCUUAAAAACAAACCAUUUCUUGUGCGAAACUUAACGACUCUUUAACCGUGACAGCAACUAUAUAUCCGUAUCUGCAUCUGUAUCUGUUUCAAGGGCAGCUGCGGGCCUUUCUUAUUGUUAGAUGUUGCUUUAAAAAACCCAAAGAGAAAAUACUUAGUACCAGAUAAUCCAUUGUUGUAUCUUGUAAGUACUUGGUAGUUGUCAAGGUAGUCAGGGUAAAAGAAAUAUUCCUGUUUUAUUUCGGUUGGCUAAUUACUCUUCACAAUCUGGCUGUUGUUUUAUAUACCUAGUUGGGUAACGAAAACUAAAAUGGUUGUGCUAUCUCAAAAUUAAAACUACUUACUAAUGUUCGACUCGUUGAUGGAGCUAUUUCUCCGGCUAAGUGAGCCGCUGUCAACUACUCUUAGGUACUUUUUGGUCUUUUCUACUAAAUAACUCUAAUACUACGACUUUUAUUACUUAUUGUACUUAGCCGGGAGUUGGUAUCGAGGACUUUGAAAACUGUAAAAAUAACACCAUAUCAGCGUGUAGCGUUGGGCUGGAAUCUGGGGAGGAUUGCGCUUCAAAAGUGCCGAGUGGGCUGUAGCAAGGCUUAUAAGAAUACAAAUCUACUACUUGUUAAAAAAUAAAUUAGCCAUUACCUGCGUACACUAUGUAAAACAAUAUACACAGAUGUGAACUAUAUGAAUAUGAACGUACAUAUUAUAUAUUAUUAUAUUUAAAAUAACUGUAGAAAAACCAAAAGAGACCCACAUUAUAUGUAUAUCAAAUUGAGUUUCAAUAAACAUCAAAUAUUUAUUUGAAGUUGUCUAUUA